CCUGUCCUUUUUCUGACACUCCUGCUUACUUUUUGUGGCCAGUCAUCAUGCCUCGGGGUCAGAAGAGUAAGCUCCGUGCCCGGGAGAGACGCCGCCAGGCUCAAGAAGAACCCAAGAAUAAGGGUAAUGUUCAAGCGACUGCAGCCAAAGAAGAGACUCACUCUUCCUCAUGUUCUCAUUUCAAAGAUACCCCCAAGAGUUCAUCUACUCCUGGAGCAAUCAGCAAUCAAAAAGAACCUGGGCAAGCCCCAUCUACUGUGGUGACUGCUGCUACAGCUGUUUCACAUAAAACAGCUAAUGGAGACACCAAGUACCGGGUUGAGGGAAAGCCAAAUGUCUCACAGGCUAUCAUUGAGCACUGGCACAAAAACGUUGUAGACCAGAAGGUUACAGUAUUGGUUCAUUACCUGCUGUAUAAGUAUCGAAUGAAAGAGCCCAUUACAAAGGCAGAUAUGCUGAGAAAUGUAAUCCAAAUGUGCAAGAAUCGCUACUCUGAGAUUCUGAAGCAAGCCUCUGAGCACCUGGAGCUGGUCUUUGGCCUUGACAUGAAGGAAGUGGAUCCAAACAAGAAUAUCUAUGUACUCAUCAACAAGCUGGAACUAGACCACAAUGCAAAAGUGAAUGAUAACAGAGGUAUACCCAAGACCGGCCUGCUGAUGACUAUCCUGGGUGUGAUCUUCACAAAGGGUAACUGUGCCAGUGAGGAGCAAGUCUGGGCAGUACUAAAUAUGAUGGGGGUGUAUGAUGGGAAGAGGCACUUCAUCUUUGGGGAUCCCAGGAAGCUGAUAACCAGAGAUUUAGUGAAGGAAAAGUACCUGGAGUAUCGGCAGGUGGCCAACAGUGAUCCUCCACGCUAUGAAUUCCUGUGGGGCCCAAGAUCCCAUGCUGAAACCAGCAAGAUGAAAGUCCUAGAGUUUUUGGCUAAGAUCCAUAAUACCAUUCCUAAUGCCUUCCCAGGCUGGUAUGAGGAGGCUUUGAAAGAUGAGGAAGAAAGAGCCCAAGCCAAACUUACAGCUAAGGCCCAUAAUGCUGCCAUAGCCAAUUCUCGUCCCAAGAUCACAUCCAGCAGCUUUUCUUGUCCCAAGUGAAGGCUAAGAAAAAUGCAUUAUGAUUUUGAACAGGAAAGCUAAUCUUCUCUUCAGUGAAAAGGUAGGGUGAAGCUGGUGACAACACAGUGUAUAACGUGUAUCCUUGUUCUAUAUGGUAACUUAGUUAUUUGUUUAACUAUUGUUCUGUUUAAUAGAAGGUUUACAUAAUUUCAGAAUCCAAGCUUAUGAAUGGCAUGAUUUAUGCAUUUAUUGAUGCUUAUAAGCUGCAAGAGUCUUAAUAUUUUACAGAAUAAAUUGAGAGACUUUCCAUUUAUUUAGUGAUUUGAAACAAGAUAACAGAAGAACGUGGAUUAUGCAUUUCCUUGGAAAUAUGAAAGAACUCAGCAGCUAAAUAGACUGAAAUAACUAAAGGAAAAAAAAGUAAAAGAUGAUAAAUUGCUGUAUUUUGUUAUCACU